CUCAUGGCGCCUCCGGUGGAUCCUCGCAGGCGCGCGCGAGAGGCCAGGAAGGCCGCCCCAGACACCGCCGGAAAGGGCUGGUUUGAUCUGCCGGCGCAGCAGAUAACGCCAGAAGUGAAGAGGGACCUGCGGCUGAUCCGGCUGCGAGGAGCCAUGGACACCAAGCGCUUCUACAAGUCGCUGGACAGCACCAAAUUCCCCAAGUAUUUCCAGUUCGGCACCGUCGUGGAGGGCCCCGCCGACUUCUAUGCAGGGCGCAUGACGAAGAAGCAGAGGCAGGGAACACUGACAGACGAGCUGCUGGCUGAUCCGGACCUGGCCGAGGGGCGCGCCAAGCGCUAUGGCCGGCUGCAGGAGGAGCGCGGCAGAUUUGCACGCAAGAAGAAGCGGCCCACCGGCAACGAGCGCAAAAGGGUUGUCAAGAGGCCGCGUCAUUGAUCUUCCUUUUGGUGGACGUGCCCCUGUGGUUGUCUGCCACAGCCCUGUGAGUGCAGAAGUGCUGUGGGGGCGCAAAAAGAGGCGGCCGACCGGAAACGUGCGCACAAAAGUGAUGAAAAGGCCGCGCCACUAAUGGGCAUGGCUUGGCAGACGCUACCUUGUGCUUAUGUUCCACAAUGGUGGCAGUUGCGCCGUCGCCACCCGCGCUCGAAAAGAGGCAGGCGACCAACAAGAAGCCAAAAUAGGGCGUUUUUACUUGUCCAAUGCAAAGUGCCGCGCUGCUGCUAUCAUCGGUUUGCAUGCAUGGCCAGCCACGUGCAGCAAAGGCAUGCUAUGACGUCUUGCAGCCGUGUGAUCCCAGAAGCGCUGGACACGCAUGCGCGAAUGCAGCGGCGUUUUGGGAACAAAGAGCACAGAGAGCUUGCCUUGUGGUUUCAGGUUGCGUUGCUCUCUAUCAGUGAACAUUUGCGUAUCCCAAAGUGGGUUAGAUUGUCAGCUGCAUGCUGUCCUGAUAGAAUGUGUCAUGUAAGGUCUAAGGUUGAGGC